GUGAUGGAGAAUAUUUCAGAGGUAACUGAAUUUAUUCUUUUAGUGUUAACAGAUGUCCUAGAGUUGCAAGUCCCUUUGUUUGUGAUAUUCACUGUCAUUUACUUCAUCACUCUUGUUGGGAAUCUUGGGAUAAUUGUGUUGAUUCUGUUGGACUCCUGACUCCACACUCCCAUGUACUUUUUCCUCAGCAAUCUCUCCUUGGUGGACUGUGUUUAUGCCUCGGCUGUCACUUCUAAGGUAAUGGUGGGGUUUCUCACAGGAAACAAGAACAUAUCCUAUAAGGUUUGUGCCACUCAGAUGUUCUUUGCAGCCUUUACCAUUGUUGAAGGUUUCCUCCUGGCCUCAAUGGCCUUUGACCGCCAUGCAGCUGUGUGCAAGCCCCUGCAUUACACCACAACCAUGACAGAUACUCUGUGUGUCCUGCUUUUUGCUGGUUCCUACAUCUUUGGACUUGUGCAAUCUUCCAUUCACGUGGCAUUAACUUUCCAUCUCUCUUUCUGUCAUUCAAAUGUGAUUAAUCACUUUUUCUGUGACAUUUUCCCACUGCUGGCUCUUUCUUGUUCUGAUAUCUACACAAAUGAAAUUGUGCUUUUUACAUUGGUAGCAUUUGAUGUUUUUUGCACUCUCUUUGUUAUCUUGAUUUCUUACAUGUUUAUUUUUGUUGCUAUCCUGAGGAUGCAUUCAGCUGAAGGACAGAAGAAGGCCUUCUCCACCUGUGCAUCCCACCUCACCACUGUUUCCAUCUUAUAUGGAACAAUCAUCUUCAUGUAUUUACAGCCAGGUUCUACUCAUUCCAUGGACACAGACAAGAUGGCAUCUGUGUUUUAUAGUAUGAUAAUCCCCAUGCUAAAUCCCCUGGUCUACAGCCUGAGGAAUAAAGAGGUCAAGAGUGCAUUCAAGAAGGUUGUGGGAAAAGCAAAGUAUUCACUGCAUAUGGUUAAUUAA